AUGGACGACUUUUUCAGCCUCUAUGGAGAUGAAUCCAACUAUUCUAUUGAACCUCGUGGUCUGGCCGUGACCCACGAUGGCGUUGCUAUCGGCGUGCACGCAACUGGUCUCUUCGCCCGGACCCCGGAGAUCACGAGCUUAUUGGCCGGCAAUCCUGGCAAUCCGUCUGAAGAUUGGGGGCAAUCUUAUUCAGGCUGUGGUUUUUCAUACAUGCAUAGGUAG